GUAUUUCCAAAACCAGAAGCAAAAACAUUCAUUUUAUUCAUCACAAAUUGAACUCUCUUCUCCAUAUUCCACGUCGCGUAGAAGCAACUAACUCCCUCUCUCUCCACUUCUAUAAGAACCGCACAUUAACCGUCAAAUGUCACUUCUCCUGCAACCUUAUAACAACACCAUGAGUGAAAAAGGCAACGUUACCGCUUCAACCAUGUCGGGGAAAACAUGCUCGGCGCUAGGAAACCUCGUCAAGCUUCUCCCCACCGGCACCGUCUUCUUCCUCCAGUUCCUCAUUCCCGUCGUAACAAACAACGGACACUGCACCACUUUCAACAAGUACCUCACCGGAGCGCUCCUUGUCGUCUGUGCUUUCAGCUGCGCUUUCUCUUCCUUUACCGACAGCUACACCGGCACCGACGGUCAGCGCCACUUCGGCAUCGUCACCGCCAAGGGGCUGUCGCCUUCUCCCGCCUCUGAGUCCCUGGACUUGUCCGUAUAUAAGCUCCGGUUCGGAGACUUCGUGCACGCUUUCUUCUCGUUGGUUGUGUUCGCUGUGCUUGGAUUGCUUGAUACGAACAGUGUGCGUUGUUUCUAUCCUGAAUUCGAGUCCGGUGAGAAGGUUCUGAUGGAAGUGUUGCCUCCUGUUAUUGGAGUAGUUGCUAGCUCCGUGUUCGUUAUUUUUCCAAAUAAGCGUCAUGGAAUUGGAUACCCUACCACUUCUGAUUCCAAUGAUACUUCUCAGAAGUCUAAGACUUCAUCAUCAUCAUCAGCAUAAUUUAUAUAUAUAUAUAUAUAUA